AUGGGCAAUAACAAUAGCAAUGCUGCUACUAGUUCUGUCAAUGUGAAUCCACAUGGAAAGCGUAAUAAUGCAUCACAUCGCCGUGCUCAACAGAAAAAAGCACAAGAAAAAACACAAGAGGUUGUGGGUCAAACGACUGUACCGUUGCCAUCUGCUUCUGCACCUGCUCCUCCUGUUGCUUCUGGACGUCGUCAUCCAUCAAAUACACGUGAACGUAAGGCUUUUAAAGAAUUGAUUACGGGUGAAUUAUGUGAUGUAAAUGAGUUUUAUGACAUUGAAAAGAAGGAAUUAGGUCAUGGACACUAUGGUACUGUUCGGGUUGGUGUAAGCAAGGCCACAGGUGAGAAAGUGGCGAUUAAAACCAUUCCGAAAGCUAAAGUGAGUCGACCCGAGACAAUGCGACGUGAAAUUAAUAUUCUCAAGACAUUAGAUCAUCCUAAUAUCAUUAAACUCUACAAUGUGUGCGAGAGUAAUCGUCAUCUUCAUCUAGUUACGGAACUAUGCACGGGUGGAGAACUUUUUGAUCGUAUCAUUGCACGUGGUCACUACAGUGAAGCCGAUGCUGCAGUGCUCGUACUUAAAAUAUGUGACGCUGUUAAGCACUGCCACGAUCGUGACAUUUGCCAUCGAGACCUGAAACCUGAGAAUUUUUUGUUUGCAACCAAGGCAGAAGAUGCUGAACUAAAGGUGAUUGAUUUUGGACUCUCACGCAUGGAUGACGGUCUCAGUGCUGGCGUCAUGACGACGCGGGUCGGUACACCUUAUUACAUUGCACCUGAGGUGCUCGGACGCCACUAUGACAAGUCCUGUGAUUUAUGGAGUAUUGGUGUCAUCAUGUACAUUUUGUUAUGCGGAUAUCCGCCGUUUUACGGUGACACGGAUCCUGAGAUCUUUGCCUCGGUUCGUUCUGGUCGCUAUGAUUUUGACUCGCCCGAAUGGACAAAUGUGAGCGAUGAGGCCAAGGACCUCAUUAGCCGCUUGCUGCUAGUGGACGCGUCGAAGCGGUUGACGGCGGAAGAGGUGCUUCGUCAUCCGUGGAUCUCUGGAUCGGCGCCGAGAUCGAGUAUGACGCUGAACCCGAACAUCUUCUCGAGCUUGAAGCGCUUCACAGGCAACAACAAGCUCAAGAAGGCGGCCCUUGGUGUCAUCGCAGAUCUAGCAACGGAAGGGGAGAUUGCAGAGCUGAAGAAUCAGUUUAUGGCGAUUGAUACGGAUGGCAAUGGAGUGAUCACGGUGUCUGAGCUAGCGGAGGCGUUGCGUGAUACUGGUCUUGGGAUGAUUGAGGAGGAGGUACUGGAACUCGUGAAGGGCAUUGACAUUGACGGCGACGGACUUGUAGAUUACCCGGAGUUCCUGGCAGCUACCAUGAAACGAAACCUGGCUAACCAGAAGGAGCACCUGAUGAACGCAUUUAACUAUUUCGACACUACGAACACGGGGCAUAUUACCAAGGCAGACCUCGUGCAGUUCAUGGGCAGCGAAGAACAGGCGCAAGAAAUCAUUAAUGACGUGGAUGCAAACGGUGACGGCGUCAUUAGCUUUGAGGAGUUUGUUGCAAUGAUGGACCGCAAAGGAUACGGCGAUGACUCGGAAAUGGACAGCCAGGACGAUACUAGCUUUCUUUCAGCGGCACAAUACAUCAGCGGCAAGGUCCAGUCUCCCAUCAAAGAGAUUGAGUUGUAG